UAUGACGUCAAACGCGGAAGAAAACAGAGUCGCAGUCGGGCGGACUGUCGGGAGUGCAGUUGCAUUGUUCACCGGCGUUCUUUUUAUUUUUUUAUUUUUUGCUCAUUUUAUUUCAUCUUAACCAGGCAAACAUGAGGAACAUUGCGAUGUAUGCCGUCACGUUGAGCAUCUUGGGAGUUGUAGUUUUAACCGAAAAGCAGCACGGGUGGAAGAGAAUCAACAAAGUUGCGUUUUCAGGCUUCGCGUGGAAGAACUGCGGGAAACCAGACGCGCCGGCGGUGCUGAAGACCCUCAGCGUGUCUCCCGACCCUAUCAGCAUCCCCGGAGACUUGACCGCGUCCGCGUCGGGAUCCACAUCAGUGGAGAUCCGUGCGCCUCUGACCGUGAACAUAACUUUGGAGAAAGAGGUGGCCGGUUUUUGGGUGACGAUACCGUGCAUGGACGAGAUGGGAAGUUGUCACUAUGCCGACGCCUGCGACAUUUUGACCCAGCUGAUUCCACCUGGACAAGACUGCCCGGAACCACUACACACCUACGGACUGCCCUGUCAUUGCCCCUUUAAGCCUGGCUCUUAUGCGCUGCCUGAGUCAGACUUCUUCCUGCCCUUCGUGGAUGUUCCAUCGUGGCUCACGAACGGAGAUUAUCGUCUUCAGGGAGUCCUGGGCGGCAGUGGUGGCACUGAGCUGGGCUGCCUCAAGGUGGCGCUGUCGCUCCAUUCGGAAUAAACGCCUUUUUUGAAAUUAAUAAUGUAGGAUUCUUUACUACAGAGAUAAUUCUUUU